CGGACACUAUAUUGACUAUGCCUGGUUCCAGAAUUCUGGUCCUGAUUCUGGUCGCUUAGUUGUCAGUGCUGACGAAUCCGAUUCGUGCGGGAUUUAUUUGUUCAGCGGUCGGGAAACUUAUCGUGUCAGUCUGCAUCAGCAGGCAUCAGCCACGAGGCGAUUAAAUCACAUUCGUUAAGAAGUGUUCGAGAGUUCUUAGCCGUCGAAUCACAGCCGCCUGACGGUUAACUCGCCGAUAAAUACCCAUUCUUCUUUUCGCGCUUCACCCAGCAUCAGGCAUCGCAAUGCAGUCACUAACGGUAGCACCGCACCCCACCACACUCCACCGUACCACCCGUCUCCUACGCGCCGUCCCCCACACUCCCCUCCCCAUCUGCCCUACCUCCCCAUGGACCCCCCCUUCUCCUCUCUGUUCGCCUCUCAAGCUGCCACGUGUCCCAUCCCGGAGCCUCCGAUCCGCAUCCCCUGGCGCAUCAAAUCUGACCGUUAGAGCGUCCGGUGACGGCGACGGCAGCGGAAGCGGCGCGUCGUCGUCUACCCGCCGGUCCGCGGCGCGGCGGUCGCGGCAGUACUCCUCCUCCGUGCAAGAGGCUUCAGGAGGGCGACGCGGCGGGCGAAGCGGAGGUGCUUCUAACGGGGGGGUGGAAGUCGACACGGAGUUAAUAGGCAUCGGAGCGAUGCUAUUGGCUGUCGGCGCGGGAAUCUGGGGAGUUUCGCGGUUCUUAGCGCGCGGCGGGAUCGGCAGUAGCGCGGAUAGUGACGAGGAAGGGGAGGGUAGCGGCGGGCGGCGGGAUUCGUCGUCUAGCGCGGGUGACGACAAGGAGAAGCAGAAGAAGUGGCGGCAGCAGUCGAUGGCGAAAGUGAGGGAGCUGGCGCAGCAGCUGCGGUCAUUCAAGACCGUCGAUCUUAGCGGCAAGAGUCUCGGCGACGAGGGUUUCAAGUAUUUGGCGGAAUCUCUCGCAUUCAACAAUAGCGUGGAGAGUGUUGACUUCUCCAACAACGGAAUCGGCCCAGAGGGGGUGAAGGCCCUCACUGAAGCCCUAGCAACCAACGCGUACCUGAAGACUCUCAACCUGUCCGGCAACAUGAUUGGCGACGAGGGCGCCAAGGUGUUGGCGGGCAUCAUGGAGCAGAACCGCGGGGUGCAGACGCUGCAGCUGAGCAGCAACGGCAUCGGAGACGAGGGCAUGCGCGCGCUGGCUGACAUGCUCAAGAAGAACGAGGCGAUGGUGUGCCUCGAGAUGAACAACAACGGCAUUGAGUACGAGGGCUGUGCUGCUCUUGCUGAUGCUCUUGCCAGCACCAAGAGCCUUCGAUCGCUGCACCUCAAUGGCAACUAUGCAGGGACGCUUGGCGCUUCUGCCCUGGCCAAGGGCCUUCAGGAAAACAAGUCUCUCAGGGAGCUGCAUUUCAACGGCAAUGGGGUGGGGGACGAGGGAGCGCGAGUGCUGGCGUCAGGCCUGCUGGCCCACAAGGGCAAGCUGGUCACCAUCGACCUCAGCAACAACAGCAUGGGGUCAAAGGGCGCGGCCCACAUUGCUGAAGUGAUCAAGAAGAGCCGCAGUCUGCAGUGGCUCAACCUCUACAUGAACGACUUUGGGGACAAGGGCGCUGAGAGAAUAGCCGAUGCCCUCAAGCGAAACAAGUCCAUUGCCACUAUUGACCUGGGCGGCAACAACAUCCAUGCAGAGGGCAUUGCUGCCAUCUGCGAUGCGCUCAAAGAGAACUCCACCAUCACCACUCUGGAGCUGGGGUACAACCCGAUUGGGCCAGACGGCGCCAAGGCUCUGGCGGAUACAGUCAAGUUCCACGGCAACGUUGAAACUCUGAGGCUGGGAUGGUGCAAGAUCGGAGUGAAGGGAGCAGAGUACAUGGCAGACGCACUCAAGUACAACAACACCAUCAACACGCUCGAUCUCAGGGCCAACGCCUUGGGGGAUGAGGGGCGGCCAUCCUGGCUCUCAGCCUGAGGGUUGUCAACGAGCAGCUCUCCUCCCUAGACCUGGGCUUUAACGAGAUCAGAGACAAGGGCGCGUAUGCCCUGGCAGAGGCCCUCAAGGCGAAUGGGGAGGCGGCAGUGGAGACCCUCAACCUCUCCAGCAACUACAUUACCAAAUAUGGCCAGGUUGCUUUGAGCGAGGCCAAGGACCUGGUGAGUGAGAUGAACGACGGCAAGGAGGUCAACAUCUACUGGUGAGACAAGUGCUCAAGAGCAGCUGAUCGAUAUAGCCAGGAUCAGUGGAAUCAGCUACAAAUGCUGGUGAUAAAAGUGAGGCCAACAUCUACUGGUGAUACAAGUGUUCAAGGGGAAUCAGCAGAAUGCUGUGAUACAAGGGAGGCCGAUAUGUACUGGCGAGGCAACAGCAGUCUUCAAGGGCAGCAUAGCAACAUAGGCGGCAGGGUGUGUACCGUACUGGUGACCGCUCUGCUCAAGGGCAGCAUAGGACUCUGUUCAGGGGCAGCAUAGGACUCUGUUGAGGGGCAGCAUAGUGACAAUAGGGGUUAAGCAGGGUGCAGCACAGCAGUGACACUGCUGUGAUGUGCAAAGCAAAAUGCUCAGUGAUGUGCAAAGCAAAGCCUGAGACACAACAAUGGUGGUGAUGCUGCAGUAAGGUGUACCUAGCAGCAGUGUUGGAUUGGCCAGCAUGGAGAAUAGUGACAGCUUCAGUGAGGGCAGUGUCAAACAUAUAUUGAUAUGUUAGAUUGGUGCAGUCCUAUAGAGAGUACAACCCCUUGGACAAAACUACCUUGUACCUCUCAUUCUAUUCAA